GGGAAAUGGUUGUGGUGGGAUUGGGGUCUGUAUAUCUUUCUCUUGCCUUUGGGACAGGGGCCGGUUGUAACUUGUAGGGACUCGUCUCAAGCGAAGAAAUGAUAUCCACUCUCAAGAAAUUUUUUGGGUAUUCUGGGUUUCGGCCAUACCAGAAGGAGGUGAUCGAGAAAAUUCUUGAGAGAAGGGAUUGUCUGGUCGUCAUGGCCACUGGCAGUGGAAAGUCUUUGUGCUACCAGGUUCCUCCUUUGCUUGUGGGAAAGACUGCCAUAGUCAUAAGCCCUCUUGUAUCUUUGAUGCAAGACCAGGUGAUGGCUUUGAAACAAAGGGGAAUCAAAGCUGAAUAUCUUGGAACUGGUCAGAGUGAUCACUCUGUCCAUAAUUUAGCUCAAAGUGGUCAUUUUCAUUUAUUAUUCAUGACUCCUGAAAAGGCAUGUUUACUUCCUGUCAGCUUCUGGUCAAAAUUGCUAGAGGUUGGAAUUUGUCUGCUUGCCGUUGACGAGGCACAUUGUAUAUCAGAAUGGGGCCAUGAUUUCAGGGUGGAAUACAAGCAAUUAGACAAGUUACGCAAUAUUCUCUUGGAUGUUCCAUUCGUUGGCUUAACUGCAACUGCAACAGAAAAGGUUAGAAUCGACAUCAUCAAUUCCCUAAGAAUGAACGAUCCUUAUGUGGCUGUUGGCUCAUUUGACCGAAAAAAUCUCUUCUAUGGUGUCAAACAUUUCAAUCGUGGUACACUUUUUAUGAACGAGCUUGUUCAAGAAAUUUCAAAAUUUGCAGGGAAUGGUGGGUCAACUAUUGUUUACUGCACAACAAUAAAAGAUGUUGAACAGAUUUUCAAGUCACUUCAGGAGAUAGGAAUUAAGACUGGAAUAUACCAUGGCAAAAUGAGCAGCAAAGCUCGUGAGGAGUCCCAUAGGUCAUUUAUAAGAGAUGAACUACAUGUCAUGGUUGCCACUAUUGCUUUUGGGAUGGGCAUUGAUAAGCCGGACAUAAGGCAAGUGAUACAUUAUGGUUGCCCAAAGAGUCUAGAGUCCUAUUAUCAGGAGAGUGGACGAUGCGGAAGAGACGGUAUAGCUUCUGUCUGUUGGCUUUAUUAUACAGGAAGUGACUUUACGAAAGCUGACUUCUACUGUGGAGAAUUGAAAACAGAAAAUCAGAGAAAAGCUGUUGUGGAGUCAUUGAUGAUUGCACAAAAGUAUUGCAUAUUGGCAACUUGUAGAAGAAAGUUCUUGCUUGAUUACUUUGGAGAACAUGUUUCAGCUGACAAUUGUGGAAAUUGUGAUAAUUGUAGGUUCUCAAAGAAGGAACGCGACCUGUCAAGGGAAGCGUUUCUUUUGAUGGCUUGCAUUCAAUCAUGUAGGGGUAAAUGGGGUCUCAAUAUGCCUAUAGACGUUCUUCGUGGGUCUCGAGCAAAAAAAAUUCUUGAUGUGCAUUUUGACAAGCUUCCACUUCAUGGACUUGGGAAAAGCUACUCUUCAAAUUGGUGGAAAUCAUUGGCUUAUCAAUUGAUCUCUCAUGGUUUUCUGGUGGAGACUAUUGAGGAUGUGUACAAAUUUGUAAGUGUUGGUAAGAAAGGAGUGCAAUUUCUUAGCUCUGCUAGACCUGAUUAUCAACCACGACUAGUUUUGCCAUUGACUAGUGAAAUGGCUGAUGAUGAGGAAUAUCAAAGUGCAACAAGUGGAGUUGGAGAAUUCAAGAAUUUUGUGACUCUGGAAUCUGAAGGUUUUUCGGAGGCUGAGGUACAACUCUAUCACAUGCUUUUGGAAGAGAGGAUGAAGCUUGCUAGAAUCAUUGGGACUGCUCCAUAUGCUGUAUGUGGUGAUCAAACAAUAAAAAAAAUUGCCUUGACAAGGCCAUCAACAAAAGCUAGGUUAGCAAACAUUGAUGGUGUCAACCAGCAUCUUGUCACGAGGCAUGGAGAUCAUCUUCUUCAAACAGUUAGGCAUCUUUCACAAAAAUUAAACCUUUCCUUGGAUGGUGAAGCAAGUUUACAGACUGCUAAUGCCAGAAAGGUGCAUCCAAUUUCAAUACCCAACCAACAGAGAAAAUUGUCAUCAGCUAAGUUUGAAGCAUGGAAAAUGUGGCAUGAAGAUGGUCUAUCAAUUCAAAAAAUUGCAAAUUUCCCUGGUAGAUCAGCUCCUAUAAAAGAACAAACUGUCUGUGAAUAUCUUCUGGAUGCUGCCCAAGAUGGUUUUGAGAUCGAUUGGAUCAGAUUUUGUUGUGAGAUUGGACUGACAAGGGAAAUUUUCGUAGAUAUUCAAGCUGCCAUCAACAAGGUUGGCUCUAGAGACAAGCUAAAGCCCAUUAAAAAUGAAUUGCCUGAAAACAUAAGUUAUACGCACAUCAAGACUUGUCUGCAAAUGCACAGCUGUGGGAUGUCUCUAGAAGUGGUACCACCUAGCCACCUGAGUAUGUCAAAGGUUGGUGAGCUUCAGAACCAAGUGUCUGAUAUUAGUACUGUCACAAGGACUCAAGAAAGAGAGGUACAUCCUAUCCAUGAUGAAGAUCUGUACUCCCCAGAUAAGCGUCAAAAAAUAAACGAAAUUGAAGGAAGUUCCACUGUGUUGGAGGCAACAGAGAAUUCCAUAUUAAACUGGCUUAAGACCUAUGAAGAAGGGGUUUCGUUGUCUGAUAUUUUGGAGCACUUCAAUGGGUCCAAAAGGGAAUCUGUGAUUGAUCUGCUGAGUACACUUGAAGGUGACUUUAUGAUAUUUAAAAAGAAUGAUCUGUACAGGCUUUUGUGAUUAGGAAUUGCAUUAGAUUGCUAGGCGUGGUUUUGUUUUAUUUUAGUUCAUGCAAGAGAUUUCUUUUUUUCCAAAGUUCAUACAAGAGAUUGAAUGACUGAAAUUUGGCGUGUAAUUAAAGUGUUAAUUACUGCUUA